CUUCGUAUAAUCAUUAAUCCUUUUGAAUUUGUUAUUGUUGAAAAAUUGAAUGCCGUAUUAGAAGUUUUUAAUAACGCAACUCUUACUUUUUCCCAUGUUUACCAACCAACUACAAAUACAUUUUUUAAAGAGUGCAUUACAAUCGCAACAUGUUUUCGUGAAAGUAUGGCUGAUCCAGAUUUGUACCCUUAUGUCUCACCUAUGAGAGAUAAAUGGUGUACUUAUUAUUUGUACAUUCCUGAUAUUUAUAAAAUAGGUAUUAUUUGUGAUCCACGAUUUAAGAUUGAAAAUUUUAAAAUUCUAAUUGAGUAUUACUACAGUUGUUUUUUAGAUAAAAAUAGUUAUUACUACAGCUAUUUAGUAGAAUGGAAAAAUGAAAGAGAUAAUGCUAAAACUCUUUUUGAGGAUUUGUUUAAGGAAUAUCAAGGGUUAUACGGUACUGUACAAGAAGAAACAGCACCACCUCCGCCCCCGAAAUCAAAAAAAGGUUUUGCCGGCAUAGUCGGUGGGCUUCUUGCAAAGAAAGGGAAACGUGCCCAGUCUUCGACGAGUUCAAGUGGUACAACAGUAAGCUCGCACAACGAACUUGCUAUGUACGAGGGUGUGCCAUGCGAUUACGAUGACGACGAUGUCGAUUUUGACGUGCUCGGAUGGUGGAAGCGGAACGAACACAUGUUCCCAUGUCUCGGCAUGCUAGCAAGACAAGUGUUGUCCGUCCCAGUAUCAACCGUAGCAGUUAAACGAGAAUUCAGUGCUGGCGGCAACAUUCUAACCGACUACCGAAGUUGUCUUAACGCUGAAUCUCUUGAAACACUGGUUUGCAACCAAGAUUGGCUCUUGGCAAGACGUCGGGCUCAAGAGUCAUCGUACCAACUCGAAUCGGAGCAUUACAUGAAUGCAACCACAGAUGGAAGUCCGAGUUUUGAAGAAUAAGUUAUAAAUUUUUUUUAUGUUAAUGUAAAUAUGUAAUUAAUUUUUUUAGGUGAGCGAUAUAUAAGCUCCUUCGAGGGUUUCUUUACGGUUCUUUACCUCGUCGCUUUUUUUGAACCGUCAGGAUAUUAAAU